CGCCGGGAGGGAGGGGACGACCGCACCGCACCCUGGGAAAACUUUGUAUGCGUUAGCGAGAGGAAUUAUUAGCUCAACAGUUCGUGUCAGCUCAUCAGCUCCGGACCUCCGACGGCGGUGCUCGGAGGUGAUGCUGGGCGUGGCAGGAAUGACGGGCAGCAUUGCUAACGCCCUGGCCUCCGCGGCCUGCGAGCGGUGCAGGAGUGGCUUUGCGGCGACCGAGAAGAUUGUCAACAGUAACGGAGAGCUGUACCACGAGCAUUGCUUUGUGUGUGCCCAGUGCUUCCAGCAGUUUCCGGAGGGACUCUUCUACGAGUUUGAAGGAAGAAAAUAUUGUGAACAUGACUUCCAGAUGCUCUUCGCUCCUUGCUGUCACCAGUGUGGGGAGUUCAUCAUUGGUCGUGUCAUUAAGGCCAUGAACAAUAGUUGGCACCCAGACUGCUUCUGCUGUGACAUUUGCCAGGCCGUGCUUGCAGACGUGGGAUUUGUCAAAAACGCUGGCAGGCACCUCUGUCGCCCCUGCCAUAAUCGCGAGAAAGCUCGCGGCCUCGGCAAGUAUAUCUGCCAGAAGUGCCACGCCAUCAUCGAAGAGCAGCCCCUGAUCUUCAAGAAUGACCCCUAUCACCCAGACCACUUCAACUGCAACAAUUGUGGGAAGGAAUUGACGGCGGAUGCCAGGGAGCUGAAGGGAGAGCUCUUCUGUUUGCCCUGCCACGACAAGAUGGGUGUGCCAAUCUGUGGUGCCUGCAGGAGACCCAUCGAGGGCCGCGUCGUCAAUGCCAUGGGCAAGCAGUGGCAUGUGGAGCAUUUCGUGUGCGCCAAGUGUGAGAAACCGUUCCUCGGUCAUCGCCACUACGAGAGGAAGGGGCUGGCGUACUGCGAGACUCAUUAUAACCAGCUCUUCGGCGACGUGUGUUAUCACUGCAACCGCGUGAUCGAGGGCGACGUUGUGUCUGCUCUCAACAAGGCCUGGUGUGUCAGUUGUUUCUCCUGCUCCACCUGCAACACAAAACUCACUCUGAAAGAUAAGUUUGUUGAAAUUGACCUGAGGCCAGUCUGCAGGCACUGCUAUGAGCGCAUGCCCGAGGAGCUGAAACGCCGCCUGGCUCGACGUGAGCGCGAUGCCAAAGACCGCAAGAAAAAACCCGCCGUGUGUCUGUAGAGUUAUUAUUCUUCACCACUCGCCCCCGCUGGAACAAGUUUGUGGAGUUUGACAUGAAGCCCGUCUGUAAAAAGUGUUACGAGAAGUUUCCUCUGGAACUGAAGAAGAGGCUCAAGAAGCUGGCGGAGUCUUUGGGACGCAAGUGAGCUCGAAGCAGGCCGACGAUAUUCCUGCUACUGUCUGUGUGAGUAAGAUACCUGCUGCUUUUACGACAGAAGAGCCUCGCGAUACACUAGUACAUCAAUACUACACAUGCAAAUCAGGGAUCCAUUUAAAAUAUAUAUAUAUAUAUAUAAAUACACCACUGUGGUCUUGUCAUUAAUGUGCCUGUAAGCUGUUUGCUGUUUUUUUUUAUACAUUCCUAAAUUGUGCAAAUUUGUUUUUCCUCUCCAAGAAACAUAGUGUCUGAGUUUAUUUGACUAUGAGCAUUACUGCUGACAACUAUGUCUAAAACAAGUUUAUAAUGGAAUUAUACCUUGAAUAUAUGAACUGUGUCUUAAAAUGCAAAAAUAAAAUGUAACGUGCGUAUAGUUAUAAUACAGUUAUACCGUAGUCUAGCUAUCUUAAUUAGACAAAGACUUCACGCCUUAAUUCCGUAUGAGUAAUUUAGGGCUGCGAUUAUUUUCAUCAUCGAUUAAUCUGUUGAUUAUUUUCUCGAUUAGUUGAUUGGUCCAUAAAAUGGUGAAAAAUGGCGACUGUUUCACUAACACCCAAGAUAAUUAUUUUGUGUCGUCCACACACCAAAGAUAUUCAGUUUAGUGUCAAAGAGGAGCAAAGAAAUUUGAAAAUAUUCACAUUUAAGAAGCUGAAAUUGGAGAUUUCUUCUGUUCCACAAUAAAAUCUACUUGAACUGAUUAAUAGAUUAUCAAAAUAGUUGGCCAUUAAUUUAGAAGUAGAUGACUAAUCGAGUAACUGUUGCAGCUCUAGAGGAAUUACAAAUGAACCACUGUGUUCUUUAGGAUUAUGUUAUGUCUCUUCAUGCUAAUGUUUAAAAGAAAUUGAGCUAAUACCACGAGCAAGUCUCAUUUACAACACAAAGUGUUAAUGAAUCCACUCUUGGAUACGAUUAAUCCAACACGUAUCCAACGGUGAUGUUAAACGUAUGUUAUAAGUUACUAUGUAAUGAUCAAAAAUGUCUGCUUCUGGUGCUUCUUGUCCAUAUUUCAUCCAAAGCAUCAGCCCAUGACUGUUAAUUUGUCUGAUCGGCCCCAUAAUCCCAAUACCUUGAAAGUGCACAUUUGACAAAAAAUAGGAGAGUAGGAGGCGCUGUUGUGAUUUGAAUCAGUCGUGAUCCUUCUUGGGAGCCUAUUAGUGUUUGGACUGUCGGUGCGUACUGUUUUCCGUGUGUAAUGUUAUUGCUUGUACUGUAACUGCCUGCGGUUUGUCACUGAUGUAUUUAGCCAAAUUCUUUUCCUGAGGGAAACGGUUCAAAGGAAAACAGAUGAAAUGAACCUUCUGCUGAUUAUUAUUUAACAUGCGAACACUUUGAUGUUAAAAAUAUCACUAAGGAGUCAGCACAUUUCUUGGGCUGUUCGCAGACGGGAUUUAGCUGAAGUGACUUGCAACGAAAAACUAUGUUUGCGUGGAUGAGCAUUUUUUAUUAUGGAUUUUUUUUUGCAUAUUUCAUUUGUCAAAGAGUUUACAUUUUCUUGAUUUUCAUGAAAUGGAGAAUUGCAGUUCUCUCGGGAAAUGUGCAGUACUUGGCUUUCUGAUGAAUGAUCAAUAAACUUUGCCUGAACAAAUCA